UGCCGCCGCCGCCGCUGCCGGGCUCCGCUCCGCCUCGCCAGCCCCGAGCCGGGUGCCCCGGCCCUGCCGCUCCUCCCGGCCUCCGCAGUCCCGGCCCGGCCGGCGGCCGUGCCGCCGCCGCGCAAACCCGCCAUGCUGCAGUGCAAACACGCGCAGGAGUUCAGCUUCGGGCCCCGCGCUCUGAAGGACGCGCUCAUCUCCACGGACCCCGCGCUGCAGGAGCUCUACGCCAAGGCCUUCUCCAGGGCCGAGAAGCUGUUCCUGUCCGAGGCCUACAACCCCCAGCGCACGCUGUUCUGCACGCUGCUCAUCCGCACGGCCUUCGACUGGCUGCUCAGCCACCCCGAUGCCCCCGAGGACUUCGAGACCUUCUACCACGCCAUGCUGAGGAGGAAGCAGAACUUCUGUCGAAAGCACAUUUACCUGCAGCCUAUAGAUUUAAUCGAAGGCCCCGCUGGGCUCUCGCUGCUGGAUUCCCUGCAGAGCUGUGUGGAGUCUUUCUUCCUGGGCCUGCGUGUGAAGUGCCUUCCCUCCAUCCCAGUCUCCUCCAUCCACUGCUGCUUCCGCCACAGCCGGGACUCGGACAGGGUGCAGCUCCACGCAGAUGGGAUCCUGAAUUUCCUGAAGAACAACAAGCCCAUGGAUGCCCUGUGUGUCCUGGGACUUACCCUGCUGGACCUUUACCCAUGUGAGACCUGGAGCUUCACAUUCAGCAAAUUCCUGCCAGGACAAGAAGUGGGAGUCUGCAGCUUUGCCAGGUUUUCUGGGGAUUUCCCCCAGGCUGGUUGUAGCAGCCUGAACCCACCCACGCAGAAGGAAGAGCUGUGUGAAGUCAGCAAGGAGGGCAGAGAGAGGACCCUGCAGUUCAGUGCCCAGGAGAUGGUGCAGUGCUGUAAGGUGACCUGCCAUGAGAUCUGCCACCUGAUGGGGCUGGGGACGUGCCGCUGGCUGCAGUGCAUCAUGCAGGGAGCCCUGAGCCUGGAGGAGGCGCUGCUGCGGCCGCUGGAGCCCUGCCCCAUCUGCCUGCGCAAGCUGCAGCACGUCGUGGGCUUCAAACUCAUCGAGCGCUACAGGAAGCUGUAUGCCUGGACACAGACCGUGCUGUCCACGUGGCCAAGGCAGGAGUCAGCAGAGCUCUCAGCCUCCGAGGACCUGCUCCCGUUCAGCUCCGACUCCGGGAUGUGCUGCGAGAACGACUCCGAGGCCGUGACCUCCCUGUCCGAGCCGCUGACCCCCGACACCUGCAGCCAGGGCCUGUCCCUGGGGCCAGAGCUGGAGCAGGACGAGCAGCCCAGCUCCCUGCAGGAGGGGCAGGGCCAGCCCCGGCCCCCCGGGCACACCAAGGCCACGGACAGCAUCAAGGAUUACGAGCUGUGGCUGGAGAUGUGCAUCGCUGCCCUGGAGAGGAACGUCUCUGAGGAGGAGCUGGCUCAAGUGGACAAGAGUGUGGACGCCCUGGCUAAGUGGGAAAUGUUCACAGGCCAGCUGCCUGCUAUCAGGAAGGACCUGCCCUUUGCUAGGGACAGCACUGGGCUACGCAAAGUUCUUGGAGACAAAUUUUCCUCCUUGCGGAGGAAGCUGAGUUCCAGAAAACUUUCCAAAGGGGAAUCGUCCCCUCACCGCUGGCGCUGGGAGGACAACUAGGCUGGGGCUGCCUUGGGCCAGCUUUGCUCACCCCACUGCUUCCAGCCUUCCUCACCCCAGGCUGUUUCUGUCUCAGAGAAACAGCAACUCCCCCCAGGAAUAAAAGGUGUUUUGAUUUCUGA